AUGGGUGGUGCACUCGAACGCCCAGCAGACAAGUUCACAUCGACAUUCGGCAAAGUGCAAUUCUGGCAUGACUAUCCUUAUGCGCUUCCUAACAUCGUCGUCUCGGCUAUCGCCAUAUCUGCAGCGAUCACGACGAUGCUUUUCGUCAAAGAAACGCUGCACGUCAAAGGUGACGGCAAGAAAACUGCAAAGUCUACCAUGUCUACCUGGGAGCUCAUUAAUCGUCCCGGCGUCAUGCGAGUGCUUGUCGUAUACAACUACGUGAUGCUCAUGGCGUUCACCUUCACAGCCGUCUUUCCCGUCGCCCAGUACACACCCGUCAAAUUGGGUGGCCUCGGUUUCACUGCAGAGCUUAUCGCUGCAUGCACAGCGUUGAACGGAGUAUCUCAGGCAGCCUGGCUACUCAUUGUAUUUCCUGCGCUACACAAACGCGUAGGUACUGGCUAUGUGCUCUAUCUAUGUGCAUCAGUCUGGCCACUUCUAUUCAUCGUCGGUCCGGUAUACAAUUUCCUACUCCGGCAUGGGCAUACUACUAUAUUCUGGGUUACUGGACCACCCAUCAUCGUUCUUGCAAGCGGAGUGUCGAUGGCCUUUACCAGCGUCCAACUCGCGCUCAACGAUAUAUCCCCUUCACACGAAACCCUUGGCACGCUCAAUGCUGUUGCACUGGCGGCACAGAGUGGCAUCCGAUCUGUAGCACCGGCUCUUGCGACUAGUAUAUAUGCUAUUGGCGUCAAGUACCAUAUUCUGGGUGGUCAGCUUUUUUGGCUUUGCCAGCUCGUUCUGUCAUUCGGCUUGUUUGGGCUGUUGAAGCUGCUUCCUGCGAAGGCUAGGGGGGACGUCAAACCGAAGCUGUUCAACGGCAGUGCUUGA